AUGGAUUUGGAAACAUGUAAAGAUGGAGGACCAUGGGGCACACCAGAGAGGUCAGAGGUCAAAGAGAAGGACCAUGGAACACACCAGAGAGGUCACGGGUCAAAGAGGAGGACCAUGGGGCACACCAGAGAGAGGUCAGAGGACAAAGAAGGAGGACCAUGGAGCACACCAGAGAGGUCAGGGGUCAAAGAGGAGGACCAUGGAGCACACCAGAGAGGUCAGAGGUCAAAGAAGAGGACCAUGGAGCACAAAGGAGAGUUCAAGGGUCAAAGAAGAGGACCAUGGAGUACACCAGAGAGUUCAGAGGUCAAAGAAGGAGGACCAUGGGUCACACCAGAGAGCCGAGAGCGCGAGCCGAGGCGGGGCCGGUCUGUGGAGCAGCGUUUAACCCCUGCUCUCCCCUCACAGAUCCGACUGAUACCUCUGUCUCACAUCUCCGUCUCCUCGGCCUCAGAAGUCUGA